AUGAUACGGGACGGACGAGGCAUUCGGAAGUUCAACGAACCACUUGGGGAUUCCGAGUUGGAAUAUGAAGGUGGAGUUCCUGCAACAUUCAAGACGUUGCGAAAAGCCACUGUGGCCGCAUUUGCAAGUCUUCUCGAUCGCAUACCAGUGAUAUUCAUCCGCGCUCCCCCUUUGUCCGGAAAGACGGCCUUGUGCGAUCUACUCUACGACCACAUUGUUCGCUCCAAGCCUGAUGCACUUGUUUCCCGCAUUCUGGCCAAUCAAAUGCCUGUAGAUGGCAAGUUUACCGAGUUUUUCAAAUUUUUGUACGGCUAUGAGUUUGAAGCAUUCUGCGCACACAAAGGCGAUCGGGUGGUACUGAUUGAUGAAGCUCAAAUUACGUAUAACGACGAGCAGCUGUGGAGGGGAUACGUGAAAGGCGCAUUGGAAUCGCAAAUACGAGGCCUUCGCUUCGUUCUCUUUUCAUCGUAUGGCAGCUUUAAUAUUUACCGCAAAUUUGAACGCGCUGGAACUCCGAUCCUUGUGCCUCCUCAGAAUACUUUUGGAUUGAAUGCCACACCAUACAAGCCUGGCCUGCAGCUUUCACGUGAGGAGCUGAAAGAAAUGGCUCAAAACAGCAUUGGCAUAUCAGCCUCCGAUCUCAUUUGGAUCUUGUGCUCGGGUCAUAUCGGAAUUGCUCGAGCUAUCCUCAUCUUUUUGCAUCGUAAGUUUGGUUCUGGAAAGCCAAACGAUGAAGAUGUUGAGCUGGAACUUCGCUCCUUGGGGCUGCUGCAAGAAAUUCGCUCCAGUUAUCGGGGUAUCCCAAGUGCUGAUGCUUUCGAGCGAGUGAAAGAUGCUAAUAACCUGCCGGAUGAAGCAGUGCUGAAGAUGAUUGGAAUCUUGAAUGGUGUUGCUUCUGGCAAGGUUAUGCUUGUAUCAGAUGGACAUCGAACUCCUAGAAGCCAGUUUGCUGCGGAAUUGUUGACAAGGUACGGGUUCUUGUACGAGGAUCAGGCGGGGCAGCUUCAGUUCGCUUCAAGCAUGCACCUCAAGAUCUGGCUGUAUUCAAAUCGAACAGAUCCAAUUUCGUACAUGGUAUCAGACGUCGCACACGAAGACUUUGUUGUCGCGUGCGUACAGCGAAUGAGUGCUUUGCGACUGCAGAACUUCGCGAACGAAAACACCAACGGCAUUGCUCGAGAACGCCAAAUACAGAUGGAGCUAUACGGCGCCACAGUAUCAUGCUUGCCUCGAGAUGUGUUGGUUACCCCUGAAUGGCGAACGACUGAUGGCAAAGGAUACAUUGAUUUAAUGAUUCGUGGCUCGAGCAUUCUUUGGUUUUGGGAGUUGUUAGUGAAUGGUGACGAUGCUGUCGGCCACUCAAAUCGAUUUGAAACUGGGGGGAAGUACCAUGGAAGCUUAACUGGAAGUUCUAAGUAUGUGCUCAUCGAUUUUCGUCAGAGUAAGGGCGUUCGGCACCAGAAGCAUGGGUUUCUGUAUGUGUCGUUUGUGGAUUCUUACACCAAAGCGCUGGUUUUCAGCACUGGUAAGUCCGUUUUAUAUACAAAGAUGACGUACACUCCCGAGCAAUACCUAGCAAAUAAAGCACGCAUCAUGGAGACGCAGAAGCGUUAUUAUCAGCGUACACGUGAAGCUCGCUUAGGUUAUCAAAAAGAAUAUGACGAUAAAAAUAGAGAUCAGAUUCGGACCCGCAAGCGAAAACCUAAAACCGAACUUAGUCCUAGUGAAACCGAAUCUAAUACAGAAAACGAGCUUAAUUAA